AUGCAUUGCAGUGUCGCAUUGGCUGUUAUCGAUAGUAUCGAGGGCUCAAUUUCGUUAGCUCUGGGCACACAGACGUGCAGCGAACGUGAGCCGAACGGCAACCAUCUUUGUGAAAAAUACCUACGAGACUGGAGAGGAGUUGGUGUAGGAAUUAAUUAUUUCUGCGGCAUAUUAAAAGUUAAAAAUAUAAAAAAAAUAACAAUGAUGUCUGCUCGCUUGGCGUCGUCGGUCGCACGCAACUUGCCCAAGGCGGUUGCCUGCAAGGCUGCCUACCCAGCUGCCACUCUUGCUGCCCGUAAGUUCCAUGUUGCCAGCACACAGCGCAGCGCGGAAAUCUCCGAUAUUCUGGAGGAGAGAAUCCGUGGUGUUGCCCCCAAGGCCGAUUUGGAGGAAACCGGACGUGUGCUGAGCAUUGGUGAUGGUAUCGCUCGUGUCUAUGGCCUGAACAACAUCCAGGCCGAUGAGAUGGUGGAAUUCUCCUCGGGCCUCAAGGGAAUGGCCCUCAAUCUGGAGCCCGACAAUGUCGGUGUUGUCGUCUUUGGUAACGAUAAGCUCAUCAAGCAGGACGAUAUCGUCAAGCGUACUGGCGCCAUUGUCGAUGUGCCCGUCGGUGACGAGCUGCUCGGUCGUGUUGUCGAUGCCCUCGGCAAUGCCAUCGAUGGAAAGGGUGCCAUCAACACCAAGGAUCGCUUCCGUGUCGGCAUCAAGGCACCUGGCAUCAUUCCCCGUGUCUCUGUCCGCGAACCCAUGCAGACCGGCAUCAAGGCCGUCGAUUCCCUCGUGCCCAUCGGUCGUGGUCAGCGUGAGUUGAUCAUCGGUGACAGACAGACUGGCAAAACCGCUUUGGCUAUUGAUACCAUCAUCAACCAGAAGCGUUUCAACGAGGGUCAGGAUGAGUCGAAGAAACUGUACUGCAUCUACGUUGCCAUUGGCCAGAAGCGUUCCACAGUCGCCCAGAUCCUGAAGCGUCUGACGGACUCCGGUGCCAUGGGAUACACCAUCAUUGUGUCCGCCACCGCCUCUGAUGCCGCUCCCCUGCAGUAUUUGGCCCCGUACUCUGGCUGCGCCAUGGGUGAAUACUUCCGUGACAAGGGCAAGCACGCCCUGAUCAUCUAUGAUGAUUUGUCCAAGCAGGCUGUUGCCUACCGUCAGAUGUCCCUGCUGCUGCGUCGUCCCCCAGGUCGUGAGGCCUAUCCUGGUGAUGUGUUCUAUCUGCAUUCGCGUCUGUUGGAGCGUGCCGCUAAAAUGUCCCCAGCUAUGGGAGGUGGCUCCCUGACCGCUCUGCCCGUGAUUGAGACCCAGGCCGGUGAUGUGUCCGCCUACAUUCCAACCAAUGUCAUUUCGAUCACUGACGGUCAGAUCUUCUUGGAAACCGAGUUGUUCUACAAGGGUAUCCGCCCAGCUAUCAACGUGGGUCUCUCUGUCUCCCGUGUGGGUUCCGCUGCCCAGACCAAGGCCAUGAAGCAGGUGGCUGGCUCCAUGAAGUUGGAGUUGGCUCAGUACCGUGAGGUCGCUGCCUUUGCCCAGUUCGGUUCCGAUUUGGAUGCCGCCACCCAGCAGCUUUUGAACCGUGGUGUGCGCCUCACUGAGCUCCUCAAGCAGGGACAGUAUGUGCCCAUGUCCAUUGAGGAUCAGGUUGCUGUCAUCUACUGCGGUGUGCGCGGUCAUUUGGACAAGUUGGACCCCGCAAAGAUCACCAAGUUCGAGAAGGAAUUCUUGCAGCACAUCAAGAGCACCGAGCAGGGUAUGCUUGAUACCAUCGCCAAGGAGGGACAAAUUAAUCCAACUGUCGAUGCCAAGCUGAAGGACAUUGUCCAGAAAUUCAUGUCCACCUUCCAGGGUUAAACAACAUCAACAAUAACAACAACAACAGAGGAGCAGUUAUAUCUUAGAUAUCGAGGCAGAUCACACAACUUGCAAGCAAAUAAAUGAAUUAAUGUCUAAGCUGAGAAUUUCAAAAAUCACGUUCAUAAUUAAUAAUGAAAGCUGCCGAAAACUGCAACAACAACAACAAGAAUAACAACCUAUACAACAUAAGAAAAUAUAAACAAACAAAAAAAACAUAAAAAUUCAAUUUGCGCAUUCAUGUUUUCGUUUGCUGUUUAUCCGACUCUGCGUGUCGUCCUUGUGCCACAAAUCUGGGAGAGAGAGAACAAGUGCGGGACGCACGUGGAAUCCAACAGCCAGGAUCUACUUUGAAUUUCAGCAUUAGUCGAAUUUCCUGUUGCUCUAGCCAUUAAAAAAAAAAAUUAAUCAAUAUUUGUAAUAUUGUAAAUCGAGAAAAGUCGAAAAAUGACGUUUGUGGAUGAUUGUGAAACGAUGAAAAAUAAAAAACGAUAAUAAUUAUACUCUGAAA